CCGCCUCCUCCCUGCCUCCUCCUCCUCCUCCUCCUGGCCCGGGUCUGCGCUUUGGCUCGGACAUGGCGGCGGACCUGAGCGCGGAGCGGCUGCGCUCGCUGCCGUCCCGCUGGAGCUACGGAGUCAGCCGCGGAGGACGCAUCUUCUUCAUCAACGAGGAAGCCAAGAGCACCACCUGGCUGCACCCGCGGACCGGAGAGGCUGUCAUCACCGGACACCGGAGCAGCCCAGACCUACCCACAGGCUGGGAGGAAGCCUAUACUUUUGAAGGUGCAAGAUACUACAUAAAUCAUAAUGAACGAAAAGUGACUUGCAAGCAUCCAGUUACUGGGCAGCCAUCACAGGACAACUGCAUUUUUGUUGUGAAUGAACAGACUGCAGCAACUAUGACAUCUGAAGAAAAGAAAGACCGGCCAGUAAACAUGAUAAGUGAAGCUGCACACUAUAAUUUGACAUCAGAUUAUGCUGCGCAUCCAGUGAGUCCUCUGGGCAGAACAUCACGCUCUUCAAAGAAAGUUCAUAAUUUUGGAAAGAGGUCAAAUUCCAUAAAAAGGAACCCCAAUGCGCCUGUUGUUAGACGAGGAUGGCUUUAUAAGCAGGAUAGCACAGGCAUGAAGCUCUGGAAGAAACGUUGGUUUGUUCUUUCGGAUUUGUGCCUCUUCUACUAUCGAGAUGAAAAAGAAGAAGGAAUUUUGGGGAGCAUACUUCUUCCCAGCUUUCAGAUAGCCAUGCUUUCUUCUGAAGAUCACAUCAACCGUAAAUAUGCUUUUAAGGCAGCUCAUCCAAAUAUGAGGACCUAUUAUUUCUGCACAGAUACAGGGAAGGAAAUGGAGUUGUGGAUGAAAGCCAUGAUAGAUGCAGCUCUUGUACAGACAGAGCCUGUGAAAAGAACAGACAAAAUAACUGUUGAAAACACACCCCCUCGUGAAGUGAAUAAUAUUGCAAACCACCGAGUGUUAAUAAAACCAGAGGCACAGAAUAAUCAGCGGAACAAAGAAGUGAGCAAAGUGGAAGAUAAAAAGACUUUAGAGGCAGAAAAGUAUGGAUUUCAAAAAGUUGGGUGUGAUAGACCCUUAACAAAAAUCAACAGUGUAAAACUGAAUUCUCUGGGGUCAGAGUAUGGGACUUUGCCAACAAGCACAAUUCCAUCAGGACACUACAGGCCCGUUCAUUUAAAUGGAUCAGAGAAAGCUGUCAACCUUAUUCUGGGAGACUCUGGAGAUGGGUUCCAUCACAAUGCCAUUCACUCACACAUAGAAUCUGAACGUGUUAUACAGAGAACUAAUUCAAUGUUGCAGUUGGAACAGUGGAUUAAAAUACAGAGAGGAAAAGGGCAUGAUGAAGAAACAAGAGGUAUAAUUUCAUAUCAGACAUUACCAAGAAACAUGCCAAGCCACCGAGCCCAAGUUGUACCUCGGUAUCCUGAAGGGUAUAGAACCCUACCAAGGAACACCAAAUCCAGGCCAGAAAGCAUCUGCAGUGUAACUCCAUCUAUUUAUGACAAAAGCCUUGGGUCAAUACCAGCUGAUGACAAAAGGAGAUCUAUGCGAGAUGACACCAUGUGGCAACUCUACGAAUGGCAACAACGACAGUUUUACAAUAAGCAAUCAACUCUUACUAGACACGGUACUUUAAGUAGUCCCAAAACCAUGAUUAAUAUAUCUGAUCAAUCAAUGCAUUUGAUUCCCACAUCACCUUCCCAUGGUUCAAUAGCAGGUUUCCAAGGAUACUCCCCUCAGAGGAACUACAGGUCAGAAGUGUCUUCACCGGUGCAAAGAGGAGAUGUAACAAUUGAUCGCAGACAUCGGCCACAUCAUACGAAGCAACACGUCUUUGUGCCUGACAGAAGGUCGAUGCCAGCAGGUCUGAGUGUACAGCCUAUUAGUCCCCAGAGCUUGCAAGGCAAAACGCCAGAGGAGCUCACGCUGCUGCUUAUAAAGCUGAGAAGGCAGCAAGCCGAACUGAGUAGUAUCCGGGAACACACUUUAGCACAACUCAUGCAACUAAAACUUGAGGCCAGCAGCCCAAAGAAUGAGAUUCUUUCUCAUCACCUUCAAAGAAAUGCCAUAUAUUUGGAUCAUCAGAUGAAAGAGAAUGAACCUUUAAUCAUCAUGGUUCACACUAUGAUUGAGAACUCGGCGCUUAGACCACAACUGUACCAUCAACUCUCACAAGAUGAAUGUAGGGGUACUCUGUACAAAUACAGAUCAGAAGAGCUGGAUAUUGAUACUAAGCUUAGCCGAUUAUGUGAACAAGACAAAGUGGUACAAGCCCUUGAAGAGAAACUUCAGCAGCUGCACAAAGAAAAAUACACGCUUGAGCAAGCUUUGCUAUCGGCCAGUCAAGAGAUAGAAAUGAAUGCAGAAAAUCCAGCUGCCAUACAAAAUGUCAUCUUACAGAGGGAUGAUUUACAGAAUGGACUCCUUAGCACUUGUCGAGAAGUGUCUCGAGCUACUGCAGAGCUUGAAAGGGCUUGGCGGGAAUAUGACAAACUGGAGUAUGAUGUAACAGUCACAAAGAACCACAUGCAGGAACAGCUGGAGCGGCUUGGGGAAGUUCAGAGUGAGUCAGCCGGUAUACAGCGCGCUCAGAUUCAGAAGGAGCUUUGGCGAAUUCAGGAUGUCAUGGAAGGUCUGAGUAAACAUAAACAGCAAAGAAACAGCACCACAGAAGCAGGUAUUGUAACAUCAAAGGCCUUUUCAUCAAAGUAUAAAAAUGAGGAAGAGGAAGUAGUCCCACCUCGUCCUCCACUCCCUCGGUCCUAUGACUUUGCAGAGCAUCCUCCCAUAAUCCCCCCUCUGCCCAGUGAUAGCAGCUCCUUGCUCUGUUAUAGCAGGGGCCCAGUACAUCUACCCGAAGAAAGGAAGAUUCACCAAGUUCAAGGAUACCAAAGAAACGGAGCUCACUGUGGUCCUGAUUACCGCCUUUAUAAAAGUGAGCCUGAGUUAACAACUGUAGCAGAAGUUGAUGAAUCCAAUGGGGAAGAAAAGGCAGAGGCAGUUUCUGAGUCAGAAACAUCUGCAACUAAAGGCUCGCAUUUUCCUAUUGGAGUUGUGCCUCCCAGAACAAAGUCUCCAACUCCAGAAUCUUCAACGAUAGCAUCAUAUGUGACUUUAAGGAAAACAAAGAAGAUUGAUACAAGAAUGGAAAGGCCUAGAAGUGCAGUGGAACAGUUGUGCUUGGCAGAGAGCACUCGCCCGCGAAUGACUGUGGAGGAGCAGAUGGAAAGAAUAAAGAGACACCAACAGGCUUGUCUGAAAGAAAAGAAGAGAGGACUGAAUAUCAUUGGUGUCACAGAUCUGUCUCCAUCACAAAGCCCAUCCCUUGUCAGAGAGAAUCCUUUUAAGCUCUCCCAGAACCAAACGAAGGAUGAUUUUGUAUUCAUUACCAAUGAAUUAGAGUAUGCUGUUAGAGUGAAUGAUGUAGACCAAAAUCAUCACAACUGUGCAGAAAACACACCUUGGCUGAAAGAAAAUGAUCAUUCAAAUGAACAUAAUGCUGGCUUUAUUACUCAGUUAUCAAAAAGUGAUGAUCAGCUGUCCCCAGAUAUGGUAGACCAAAAGGAGGGGAAUACUGAGGAAGCUGCUGAAAAGCAAAUGGAAACAGAAGAGACACAAGAUGCUAACAGCAGCCUAAAGAGUGAGGCCCCAGUUGUAAAUGACAAACCUGAAAGCAGCACAGAGGAGAGUGAAGAAACUAGCCUUCAGGAGCUUCCAGAGGAUACUCUUUCUUCCUUUGAGAUGCCUGCACAAACUUCAAGGGGAAACUCAACAGCAGCAGCUCUCCCAGCUUCUGCGGAAACAAUUCAUGGCUGACUUACACCGUGGGCCUAUGGGAAUGAGACGUGUACAGUCAAUUUUAUGAAAUCUAUGAAAUUCAUAGUUCUGAUGCUUUUGGCCACAGAGCAUCGUUUUUAUCACUUCAUGGAAAAUGUUUAUUCCAAGAGAGCUUUAAAUACCCCCAUGGUACCCUCAACAACUUGGAAUUUGUUCUUCUGACACCAGUCUGCUGUUGCUAUGAAUGCCAUCAAUAUAGCUUAAGAGUUUGUUUUAAUGUGCGGCCUACAAUCAGUACCUUCACUUGUGGACUUUCCCUGGUGUAAGGUUUUCAAUUAUGACAUCAAUUAAGUUUGCUUCCUUAUUAGAUUUCUUCAUUGGUUAUUUUACAGAUCACUUAAACCUCAUUUCUGGUUUUAAAAUGGAUCAUGUAUUGUCUUCACCUUUUGAUCUGUAAAUGUUUUAUUCUAUUUAAAAUGUGCCAUUUUUUGCUGUUUCUCAGUUCAUGUGUGCCCUAUUUCUACUCCGUAAUUAUUUCUUGGUCAAAUUGCAAUGUCAGUUACUGCCAUACUGUUCCCCACAUAAACAUAAAGGUUAGUGUUUACUUUUUUCCUCUUUAAACUAAAUGAAGGGUUAGGGAUAUUGAGGUACUGGGCUCUUCAUCUGUUGGAAUAGGGUGUGUACAGCAAUAAGCAGGUAUUCAGUUCCCAGUUAAUUUUGUGUACAAAUGUAAUUAUGUUCAUUGUGUAUAUAUUAUACAAUGAGCACAACCAGUGUAACUAUAAGAAGCCACUUACUAUUGUUCAAAUGCAAAUGUUCAUAUCUCAUUUCUUUUAUAUCAUGUUAUAAAUAAAUGUUGAUGUUCUUAA